AUGAGUCUGACUCCAUCCUACAAGGGAGAAACUGCCUCUGCCUCUCCUGAGAGUCCUAGAGAAGGUGACUUCUCCUCUCGACAGUUUUAUGACAACUUUAGGAGCCUGGAGGAGCACGAGACGUGUGACAACAAGAGAGGCCCCAUUGUUAAUAAGGUACCCGACAACUACUCCGGCUUCCCUUUGAAAGCUCAGAUCUGUGCUUUGCUGCUGACAAAUGACCUUGAGAAUGUAUGUGCUGCUCCUUUUGGUGGCUGUUGCAGUGAGAGCAACAUAUUGUUGGAGCCUCCAGAAGCUGAGUCGGAAAACAGUGCUCAUCUUGCUACAUGUGAGUACUGCCAGAAGCUCCAUCAGCCCCUUAGUCUCGGCGAACCGCUGAAAAAUGGGACCCCGUUUGAGAGGGUCUUCUGUUGUGAGCAAGCGAAACGAGAGAACAAGAGAUGGAGCAAAAUCUUCCAAAAGGAAACAAAAAAACUGGAAAUGAAAUAUUAUGGAAGGAUGCCCAAUCAUACAUCUGAAAAAGAACCACAAAAAGGAGGGUGGAUGAGACCUUUUCAACGCUGGAGAGAGCAAAUGAAACAUCAAAACUCAGAAUAUGAUUCAGUGUCAAAGGAGAUGAGACAAAAGCUUGUUAUCCAAAACACAUGUUGUGAAUUUUCCCUUGGCAAGUUAACACCACAACAAGACACAAUUAUUAAACCAAAGAUAGAGGUAGUAAAAUAUCAAUUCUACAAAGGAGGAGCAUGUUUCCGGAUGAUGUUUUCAGAUGGAACAGGUACUGUUUUUUAUCCCUCUGGCAAACCAGCCGUGAUAAUAUCCUCAGCAGAACCUCCUCACUUCACUUACAUAAUUCUUGAGGACAAGGACAAAGCCCCGAGCAUCAAAGGGGUUUUCACAACUAAUGGCUACUCUACAUGCUACCAUUCCAGUGGACUGAUAUGGUUAAAUAUUAGCCCUGGUGGAGGUCUCUACUUCAGUAAGACAGGAGAUUUGAGGAGGUGUUGGAACUGGUUCUAUUUUGACCCACAUAUGCGUAACCUUCCUUUCAAGCCCCUCGUCUUCGCCUUAGGGCCAUACAUCAGUGUUCAUGUGCAUUCACAUGAUUGUGUGUAUAUCAACUUUAUGCAAAAGCAAAAUCAUAUACGUUUCAAUGUUGGCUCAAAGCUUAAGCUCUUUUGCCCAGACAGCCACUACCAGUCCGGCAAAGAUGUUUUGGAAAUAUAUUUCCAACUGAAGAAGACAGAGAUUUAUUCUCUGCUCGACCAGAUGCAAACCUGUAUCUCUCACCCCUCUGCAAAUGUGUGCGACAUAGUGCCACGUCGCCGUCUCAUUGCCCGGAAGGAGCAGCUUAGCAAGCAAGUGGAAAAGGGGAAGUCACCCAUAAAGAAAAAUGCUCAUCCAAUUUAAAGGAGGAAAACAAAAACUGGUUUAUCAUUUGAGGCUGUGCCAGAAGAAGAAUAGCAUU